GAACGCAUCUAUUUGUUUAAUUUAUCUGUAUAUGCUUUUAGCGUCUAGAGUAAUCAUAGCUCAAGUGUAAUCAUGUCGUUAUGAAUACUUUAUUGGUCUCUUUCUGAACUCCAUUAGGCAACUGUUUUCAGCAUCAUUCCCUUUAUAUAUAAAAUAGUCCCUCAGUCUUCUCAACUCUGUCCUCGUAAACUGCUCUCACUCUCUUGCAACAUGUCAGCUACAGAAACAAAACAGUGCAGUGCAAACACUAAACCAGUAACCUCUGGUAAGCAAUCCACAGCCAAGAGACCUUAUGGUAAGAAUCCGGGACGCACAACGAGCUGUGGCUUGACGCUGCCGAGGAAAACAGAAGUCACCGCAGCAAGACUGAUCAAGCAUCUCAGCUGUAAAUUCGUCAAAGGGUUACGUCUAGUUGUGAUGAGGAAGAAUAAGAAGAAGAGACCUCCACCGUUGAAGUCUUCUUCCACCGGUAGAUCUCAGCCUUCCGUCAUCUCAGUGGCGAAUGAUACAUGUAGAUCAGAGGCUAUAGAAGACUGCAUACAGUUCAUAAACUCCUCGACCUCGUUCACAAGAUCAAGUUCUGCCAGUGGCCGUACAUCUUAAGCUUUUAGUUACGCCCAUAUAAUUUCGAAGACUCUAUUUCUCAGUCGCUCGUUGGCUAAAAACUGCAUGUAAUAUCCUAUAUAUACUAAAAUCUAUGUAGAGAGUAUAAGAGAGGACUAUGUAAGUGAUCUUGAGAAGCUUGGAAAGUAUGAGCUUUGUUUAUGUACAAAAAAAUAAUCAUCUGUAUAUCUUUAAUCUAGACAAGUAUUAU